AUGCCAAAACUGAAAUGGAAGAUCUUUGGAGGUCUUGUCUGGAUUCUGGUGGCCUCAACAAGAGUGGCUUUACCAAUAUUACAAGGCUGGGUUAUGUUUGUCUCGGUGUUUUGCUUUGUAAUCACCACACUCCUGUUGUUCUCAUAUAUCAUAGGAGCUCAUGGUGGCAAAACUUCAUGGAUCACACUGGAUGCUUUCUAUCAUGGAAUUGCUGCUCUCUUUUAUCUGAGUGCUGCUGUUUUGCAAGCCUACGCCACACUUCAAAUGAAAGUUGUACUUACCCAAAAUGAUGUCUGGUUUAAAAUUUACCAAGAGGACGUUGCUGCAGUGGUAUUUGCAUAUUUAGCCACCUUAUCAUAUGUGAUCCAUGAAGUGUUCUCUCUACUGAGAUGGAAAUCAUCAUAAAAGCUCCAGAGCUUCCUGUGAGAAAUCCAAUUACUUCGCAAAUAUCAGUUGUUAGAUGAUUGACCACCUUACAAUGGCAUUUUUUUGUGUACAGACUGCUAUAUGUGGCAUUAUAUUUCAUACCACAAAAAAAAAAAAAAAGUCUUUUGGAGAUACCUAUUUUAAGUAAAAUAAGAUUCUUUGUAGUGUCUUCUCUUUCAGAUACCAUUUGUUGGUGGGAACUGGGAACCUGCUUUAUUUACCUCUAUGUUUUCAUACUUUUAACUAGACAUUUCCUGUCACCCUAGAGCAGGCUCAAAAGUUUGUAUAUGUUAAAGAGACUCUCCAACUUGAGUAACUUGACUCUCUCCUGGGCCUAAAUAUGGGAAGAUCAUCAUCCUUCACAGGCCAGUUUCUUUGCCUUCUUCUUGUUCAUGUUUUUUCUUGGGAAGUGUUUCAUCAUGUCUAAGCCAUACAUGAAAGUAUGUAAACUGUGCUCUGUCACUUAGUGCCCUAUAGAUGAGCAGAGCUCUGCCUGCAUCUGUGGGCUCUGCACAAGUGUUGGCACUCACCUGCUGGGAUCUACUUGCAGGAUCAGAGCCAUAUUUUGUAGCAGAUUUCAGAGGAAGUCAGUGGAAGAAGACAAGUAUCUUUCUGCACCUUGGGCAAGAUAGACAAGGAAGGCUGUUUCUCUGACUACAGCACAUAGGAUCAUAGGAAAGCAGGACUGGAAGGGACCUUACAAUGUCAUCUAGUCCAGGCCCCUGCUCAAGACAGGAUCAUCCCUGACUGAACCACCUUAGUCAAGCAUUCUGUAGUGUUUCCCCAAACUGGAGGCAUGAGUUGAAAAAGGGCAGAUGCCUCAACUGGUAAAAUUCACAGCUAUGAAUAGAACAAUUUAGACAGCUUUAGCCAUUUUAAAGAGUUAAGUGCAGAUGUCCUGAUAUUGAGGCUAACAGAAGUGAAAUUUAUUUCAGUGUAAGCAGGAACAGGUACUAACUCCUGAAACUCCAGAAUGUAGAGGCCAGCACCUACAGCUAGACAGAGCCCCCAUUAGACCUCAUAGCUGCAUUAGAGCACCCCCAAAAGACAGGCAAUUUGUAUCUAGGUUCUUCAAUAUAGAGUCUAUUGCUUAGUUAUAGGCAUCUAAUAUGACUAUUUUGAUCUGAAUAUUUUCUUGUCCAGACAAGCAACAGACCCAGAACAAAGGUGGCUUCCUGUUGCAGAGGUCUGUGGAUAUAAAAAAUACGUUCAUUUUAAGAAGAUUUUAAAGUGGGGUUUUUUUCAGGCCUUCUCUUCAGCAUCUGUUGUGACAAAAUAUUUCAUGCACUCAGUGUAGCUGUUAUCUUCACAUCAUAAUGAAAAGCAAAAACAACUUUUCUGCUUCUCUUAGAAGCCGUGUGAAGUUUUCCAACAACUGAGAUAUAUUGUUGGAUGAAGAGAGUUGAUUUUACAUCCCAGGAAUUAUUGCUGUUGCUUUUAAUCAAGUUAUGAAACAUUAUUUAGAUAUUGUGCUGUAUAAACUGUAGGUUAAUAUUAAAAAUAUGAUUAUAACAGUAGAGAUAAUAAAACAUUGUUCUGAACCAAUUGUUUGGUUUAUUCAAUACAAUGACUGACAGAGAAAAAUUGCAUUUGGAGUCUUGCAAUAGUCCA